AAAUUUUGAAUUUCUACUUCAGGAAAUAGUUAACAAGUAAAAUAAUUUCAACAUAAAUCAACAUGAUACAAUGCAGGAUCAUGUACAAAUCCUCCUCAUUCAAUUUCCUCUCUUUUCUAUACUAUAGCCAUAAACAUGGUGUAUUGCUGAGGUCUUUGUGUGCAGUUUAGUACUGAGCAUGCAUGUCAUAGCCCAGAGGUUCCCAAACCUAAUUGACCCCCAAGUAGAUUUAAACCUCACCAUAAAAAUCAACACAAUACACCCAUAAUAUUCCACAGGGGACUUAUUGUGUGCCUCUGGUACUCCAAUAACUGUCAAAGUUUAUGGUUCUGGUCUUCUGUGGUAUCUCUUGAAUGCCUGUAAUCACUAUAGGGACCUAAUAGUGAAUACAUAAUGAACUUUUGGUGCUUUAGUUUUUACCUUAUGAAAUUCCUAUAAUAUUCCUAUGAUGUUCUGUUGUAUUAUAACGUUAUUACAAUAGGAAUAUGCAGUCUUUAAGCGGAGAAGGCGGUUUACACUUUACUAACCUGCUGUUCACUGCAGCACUGAGUCCAGCCUCCAACCCCAGCACCGCCACCCUCCCUCCACCUCCCCUUUUCUUUCUGUUGCUUCCCCAGCGCUGCAGGUUGAAUCUAUUGCCCCUAUUUCCUGUCACAUGGGUUGGAAAUAGGAUCCCUGCUUUCUACUAUCUAGUCCCGUCUUUGUGGUGUCAGUGUAGUAGUUGCAGCUGAAGGACCUGCCUUGAAGUUCAGGGACUUUUAACGUCGACCAAAGUGCGACUGCUGCACAGACCCGGACAGUCAGUCAGCCAGUCCAGCAGCCCGCCGGUCUGCGCAUCCGUCCGUCAGGCUGCACUUCACCUGAGAGCCAGUUCAGACUCUUUAAUCACACGAUGGAUUCCUGGACAGUCACCUCUGCUCUUCUUCUCGCGGGGUUUAUUUCUUCCGCGGCUUUCAAUCAUUUCGAGACCGAGUGUUACACUGCCAACGGGGAGGACUACAGAGGCUUCCAGAACCAGACUAGCCUGCAUGGUGGUAAACCUUGCCUCUUCUGGAAUGAGACCUUCCAGCACCCUUACAACACACUCAAAUACCCCAACGGAGAAGGCGGUUUGGGCAGCCACAACUACUGCAGGAAUCCUGACGGGGACGUUCAGCCGUGGUGCUACAUUGCAGAUCAUGAAGACGGGAUCUACUGGAGAUACUGCGACAUCCCUACAUGCCAGAUGCCUGGGAACUUGGGCUGCUUCAAAGACAGCGGCGAUCCCCCCACCCUGUCCGGCACCAGUGAGACCUCCAACAAACUCACCAUCCAGAACUGUAUCAGCUUCUGCAGGAAGCAGAGAUACAAACUUGCCGGUAUGGAAUCAGGAUAUGCCUGUUUCUGCGGAAACGAAGUGGACCUGCGUGACCACGGAGAGUCACCUAGCAUGGAGUGUAACCACGUUUGCUUCGGCGACCAUACCCAGCCCUGCGGUGGAGACGGCUGGGUCAUCAUCUUUGACACUCGAGUGGGGGCCUGCGGUGGAAACUACAGCUCUCCAUCAGGAGUGAUCUACUCCCCUGACUUCCCAGACAAAUACUCGCCUGGCCGUGUUUGCUACUGGACUAUCCAGGUGCCUGGAUCCUUUGCCAUCCUCUUCAACUUCACCUUCUUCGACAUCUCUGACCAGACGGACAUGGUGGAGCUAUUGGACGGCUACACCAACCAGGUGGUUGCACGCUUUGACUGGCGCAGCCCACCACGGGAGCUGGUGAACAUCACAGGCGACUUCGUCAUACUCUACUUCUACUCAGACCGCACAAACCAGGCCCAAGGAUUUGCUCUGCUUUACCAAGCGCUGAGAAGCCAAGACACCAAAACAAUGGAUGCUGAAGGAGAGGACGAGGAUGAAGGAGAGGACAUCUCCAGCACGGUGGGGCCCCAGCUGGCCGGCAGCGUCACAGAGAGAUCCAACAGCACCUCUAAUGGACGUUCCUCCCAGAUCCUCUACGUGAUCACGUCCAGCCCCGGUAAACCGGAGCACAACAUGCCAGGUCAGUGGGCUGGACGCGGCGAGACCACCGGCCACAGCGCUAUGUGGACCAUCUACGCUCUGGCUGGUCUGCUCAUACUGACUGUCAUAGCCAUGGUGGCAAAGCUGCUGUUGCACAUCACAGUCAAGUCGCCCAACAUCCCAACAGUCAGUGGUUCAGACAGCUGCAGCCAGAGUACGGCCUCCUCUGAGCCCUGGAUCAUCCUGUACCGGCCCUCCACUAUCUCCCUCUUCAAGAAGAAGCUAAAGAACCACCACGGCGACCUCAGCCCCCUGGUGGGCAACUAGCGCCACUGCUGCGCUGCUACCGUUAACCAAACGCCACCACCACCCACAACUUCUCUGUACAAGGGCCGUCAGAUGCCAAGCCCUCAGACAAUGAAACUCUAUGAGGCGCUAAGCUAACAAGCCAACAACUGAGCGGCUAAUGACAACUGACUGAGUGACUGCUACUAAAUGGCCCGUACGUGGGCCGAAGUGGCUGGGCCCUCCCAUCCUGCUCAGCACCAAAGACAAGGAGGACAGACAGGGCUGUCAGUGACCACAGAGUGGGAGAGGAGAGCGAAAGAACGGAGUAAGAUCUGCAGCUCUGACAAAGACACAAGGACGCUUUUAACAUGCAGGGAAGCUUCACUGGCUCAGUGAGAUUCCAUUUCCAUCACACACGGACGUCCAUAACAAUCAACAUACUGUACCUCCCGAAAACCCUCCAGACUGCAGGCUCACCAGUGAAAACACAACACAGCCAGGCAAAGAAUAACGGCUAACUUCACUGUCUGUGUUCAGUUUAGGAAACAGGGAGCUUUACCUCUUCCUGGUGCUUUAGAGUCACAGUGGCAACCAAAUCAUCAGUAUCAAAGAGAGGAUGAAGAAACGGAGUCUUUGAUACACAUACACAUAUGCUGUAACACUUAACAGCUUAACAGUUUUAUAUAACUCUUCUAACUGCCUCAUAGGGAUGAUGAACACUUGCAGCCAAAAACCAGAAUCCUCCCAUCCAAAGAGUUGUGUAUUUAUUUGUGUCUUGAUUCUGUAAGCAAAGUGCUAAUGUUUCUUUUUGAUGUGUUUCACGUGACAAGCAGCUUUCUGAGGAGAGGGAAACAGGACAUGGAGACGUCACACCGAAGGUAGAUAUCACAGCACUUUGGGGAUGAAUCACUUGCUGUAAAAUGAAAAGAUCAGAGAGAAAGAGAACACGCUCGCCCACUCGUUCACUCAGCGCUCUUGCAGAUUUGGGUGGGGAGAAGAAGUAGCGUCGUUCGCUGGGGGGGUUGGGUGGCGCAGUUUGCAGACAAACUGCCAUUUAGGGAGGCUUGGGAAGAUCUGAGGGCUUUUUCUGCUCGGUUGUGGGUGGGAGUCUUUCCGGUUUGAUGGUGUUCAAGUGCCUUAAGGAUCUCCUCUUCCCUUGUCUCAGAUUCCUCACAUCUGUUUCUUUUACAAAGUGGACUAGGGUCCCACAAGAGUCUGCACUUCUUUAAAAUCAGCUGUAAACUCUGUAUGUUCAGAGUUUCAUUCCAAAAUAAGAUAACCACCAAAAUGUAAAGGAAAAAAAUUAUGCCACAUCUUGUACAGUGGUUGAAAACAUUGAAUCAAGAAUACAUCAUAGUCUUUUUAAGCAGAACACACUCAACUAAACACCUCUCCAGACUGGAUCUUUGGCAUUUUUGUUAUAUGAUGGACAUUAGAUGAUUUAUUUUUUUCUAAGAAGAACACAUAGUUAUUUGGAAUAGAAAUCUUCAUGUACUAACGGACAAGGCUUUAAAAGACAAUUUUGUUUUCUAAUUUCUGCGUUUGCUCUUAUAGUCUUAGUCUUGGACAUUUACUGAACAUAUUGUUCACAUUAAGUUGUCUUUUGAUUACAGGGGGGGGAUGAAUAUUGUUGUAUAUUAUGUAAUUCAGUGUGGUAAUGAUGAUAUGAUGAUAUUUAUGUCCGCUCUUUCAUUUUGUGUCUCGGCAAAGCAUUUGAGAGACCCGUCAAAGUGCUUUUUGUAUUUACUCAUCAACUGCAACUUUGUGGAAUGCAGCUUUUUUUUUUUCUCUUCUUUAGACAGCAGUAAAUUGCCUAAAUUCACAAGACGCUGCAGACACCGAAGCUUUUACUUGUCGCCUUGAUUUCAGGCCAAAAGGUUGAGCGCAAACAAUAUACCCAGACAGAAAUGUAACCAAAAGCACUCAAUGGUACUAUGCACAAGCUGACAGCAGGUUUGCAGCUGUGAGGGUUUUCUGUGCCAUUUAAACUACUUGUGAAAGGUCAAAGUCUACUGGUGCAACAUUGGCAUAGUAAUUGGCCUUUCCUGUCGUGGGACUGGAUGUUAGAGGGUCAAAAAUCUUCCAAUGACUGUCAGAAUACAUAAAGAAGAGACCCGAAACGUCAAUGCACUUAAAUUUGCUUCUAGUUCCACGUGAAACGGUACUUGUUUUUACUUUUUAAGUUCAGUCUCAGUGAAAAGAAAAAAUGCACUUAGAAGAUGUGCAACAACCUGAGCACUUGAGACAAAAGGUUAUAUUUUACACAUAAUGCAGCAUCACAGUGACAUUCAAAAGAGAGGAUUUAUAGCUUUCAAGAAUCAGACAGACUUUUAGGCCCAUAAAAAGACGAAUAACCUUUCUUCCCCAAUCAGAAGUUUGUAAAAAAUGUGACUCUGUCCUAUAUUCUGCCUGUCUGCUCAACUGUAACUCAUGUUAAUUAUUGCAAGGCAAGAGCACAUGCCCCUGGGUCUGUGAUGUUCAGAGCAGACCAUGCGUAGAGAGAGAGAAAAAAAAGGAGCGUGGAUGUGGGAGCGAUGGGAAAUUAAUGUGCGUUCAAAUCAAACACAAGCUAACGAAAUCUGACAGUUAAAAUCUAACAUGGGCAUAUUUGUUUGGAUAGCCUGGUGAAUUAUGCAAACUCCCAUUUUCUGUCCCGUCCUCCAGUCAAUCGGAAAAUUCCACGCUAUCUUCUGAGCGGUGGAAACCGUCUUUUCCAAAACUGUAGUUAAUGUGAAUGUCCUGUAGUGUUCGUUGAUGUGAAAACACCAGAAGCCCUGUGGAAAAUGAUCUCGAGGGGCCAAAACAUUGUUUUCAUGAAAUUGUACAUAGCAAAAUAGUGAAAAUUUUAAUUUAUACAGUAAAUUAUUGUUAUUUUGUAUGUGAAUGGGAUAUAAUCUAUCUUUUGUAUAAGUGAAGUACCUUUGUAGUUUUAUUUAAUGUGUCCUGGUUCCAAAAUAAACACUGUAUGCAUGUUUCUUAA